CGUCAGAUUUUAGUGUUGGAGGAUUUCUCUUUAGUCUUUGGCUAAAGACCAGGAGCCAUUUCUGCUGCUAGUGCUAGGCUAGCACAUUAGCUUUCGGUGUAUUUACCCAGAAUGCCCUGAGCUGUAGUUCGAGUUUGAUUCACACCUCACCAAACAAACUCUAAUUCCAGAUGAAUUAGAGUUUGAUUAAAGUGGACUGAACAUGGACAGUGUGAAUGCACCUUAAACCUCCUCUUCUAAGGUCCUGCAGCGGCUAGCUGUGCUGCGGUGCAGAUACAAACCCGUUCUGUUAUUUCAGUUAUUCUCUUUGCCUCUUCUGCAUCUGGAAACAUUUUUAUUUCCUUUUAACUUCUGUUUGUGAAAAUAAUCGCAAUAGCUUAAAAUCAAACAGUUAUUUCCCUCAGUGACCACCAGGGGGAGCUGCAGCUUCACAGCAUCCUGACGGAAUAGGAAAGUAUUUUUUCUUUUCUUAUUUUUAAAGGAAAAGUGAAACAACUGAAAUAUUCUUCAGUUUAUUUGACAUAAAUAACGUAACAUUUUCGGCCAGCUGCAUCGAUGAUGCCUUUAAAACCUAAAAUCGGACCUUUUAUCGGCUCCCGGGCCGCCAGCAGCGGCUCACAGCGGAUGUUCUGGCGCUGCUGCUGUUCGGAGUGAUGUAGGUCAAAAGGCAGCAGACACCAACUCCACUGACACCAACCCGAAAACCACAGGCUGCUUUUGCGCAUGGUCAGUGUCAGCCACCAUCCUCAUCCUCUCUCUCCGCCUUCCUCACUCGCCGUCCAGCCGCCUCCAUCUCCGGAUGAAGAUGAUGAAGAUGUUCCCGGCGGCCGGAGCCAGGCUCGGCUCCAGCUCCAGCCCGGGACGAGGCGCCUGCUGCGGGGAGGAGCAGCGCGUCGGUCGGUGUGUCCAUCAGCUGCAGGUUUCACACACACACGCACAGCAGGAGUGUUUUGGUCCAGAUUUCUGGCAGCUUGCAUCACAAGGUCACUUUGCUCGACGGUGCCUUGCUCGUGGGCUCGCAGGCUGCCGCUGCUGAAUGUGUGUCAGUGGGCCACCGGAAAAACAGACUCCACAUUAAAGGUUCGUUUUAUCCGUGAAAUCCCGCAUCAGCCGCAGUUAAAGGGGAGGUAGUCUCAGGGGACAGAUUACCGCUCACCUCUCCUUUAAUGAUCACACUGCUUCUGACAGAGAUCCGAACCGAACCCCGGCCGUUACAGGCGCAGAAAACCCAGCAAACAGCGAGAGGAACAUUUCCUGCUGCUGGCCCUUUAAGGGACCUGAAGUUGAACCACCUUCAACUCUCGCGGCUUCCGGGUGUGAUUUCCAACAUGUCUGCUUUGGAUGAAGACAAUCUAUGAACCAGCAACUAAGUUGCCACAGAUUCUGAAAUGGGUUUUAUGUCUGGACUUUGACUAGGCCAAUCUAACAUUGCUGUGCUGUUGAUGUGUUUCGUUUGUAGACCGAAAUGGGAAAUUCUGACUUUCCAGUUGGAAAAAUCAACUGGAACCAAUCAGAGGUCAGAUUUCCCCAGACUUGGCGAUUCAACAUGGCCGCCUCACAUCACCAGUGGUAGACUGGUGGAGGAAACAUGUUUUACAGUGCGUGGAAAACACUGCAAACUUUUGCUCACUUGGGUCAGACUUGACAACUCCAAAGGACUGGUGGGCCAAAACAUGUCAAUUUAAAAGUUAAAAUGAUUGAAAAUAUGAUUUUUCUUUCAACCUUCUCAAUAAUAAACUAAAUGUGAACUAUUUAAUUAAAUUAACUCUAUUUUUUAGUAGAAAUGGAAUCAUAGAUUUAAAACUUCAGAUAUUUUUUUUGCAUGUUUUCCUUGAAAAGCAUCCAGUUUGAUUAAGAUGAUAAAACUGUAAAAAUAUUUCAUAAGUUCACUUCCUGUGUUCAGCCCGGUUUUACUCCCGCAGCUGAAAGCAGGUCUGGCUGCGCCGCCGAGGAUUUUACAGUGUAAACCAGUGAGUAGAUGUGGCCCUGGUUACCAUGGCAACAGGAAAGCAGAAAGCUUGGAGAAGAUGAUCACUUUGUGUUGCAUCAGUCAUUUUUGCUUGUAGAUUUUGAUUUAAAAGUUGUAGUUUUGUCAUGAUUUAUUUUUGAAUUGUGAUGAGGGGCCACAAAAAAUUAUUCCAGGGGCCACGGAUGGCCCCCGAGACUCACUUUGAACACCGCUGAUCUAAAAUCAGUUACAAGCAGCGUCUGCAACUCCAAACUGAACGACCUCUGGACCUUAAAUCACUCCAGGAUUUUACAUCUUGACAUUUUGCGUCUCUUAAAUCUUUCUAAAUGUCAAAUUUAAUUGCAUUUGAUUAAAUUAAUCAGCGUUAACUGCAAACAUAAAUGAAUCAAACUGAUUAUGGUCAGAUGCAUAAAAAUGUGAAUGCUAUUGAAAAGUUGAUGUAUUUCAGUAAUUUAAAGCACAUUUGUUUGACGUUUUAAAGCUUUUAUUUCAGUUAAUUGAUGAUUUUUUGCUUACAGUUGAUGUAAACAUGGCAUUUAAGAUUAAAAUCAGAAAAGUAAAAACAGUUUUAAAGCAUCAAUAUGAAGGUGAGUGGGAGGCUGUGAUUCUUAAACGGUAUUUUAAUGUUUGUGUCCCGCAGUGAGGACGGGUUGGUGAAGACAUGAGCCAGAACUGAUGGAGUCUCUGAACGCCGUGGAGCUCCGGGAGCUGCAGCGCCGCGGCGGCUCGGCCAGCGGGGGGCGCUGCGCCGCCGGAGGCUUCGAGAACGUCUCCUACCAGCAGGACGAGGAGUCGGACGAGCCGGGACCGGCUGCGACCCGCGUCUGUCCACCCAGAACCAGCACGCUGCAGGUUUCUCCAGAGUCGUGUGACGAUGAGGACGGCGGCGCCGCCGGAGGAGGAGGAGGUGAUGAAGGUGUGGGCCUGGCGGCGCCGGGCCCGGCUGACGGCCGCUCUGCAGACCUGGGCUUUGUGGUGGCGCUGGUUCUGCUGGUGAGCGGCAUCGUGCUGGUGGCGGUGGCCUACACCGUCCCCCGGGAUGCCGGCGUGGAUCCGGACUCGGUGUCGGCCCGGCAGAUGGAGAAGCUGGAACUGCACUACGCCCGGCUGGGCUCGCACCUGGACAGGUGCAUCAUCGCCGGGCUGGGCCUGCUGACGCUGGGCGGGAUGUUCCUGUCCGUCCUGCUCAUGGUCUCCAUCUGCCGGGGCGAGAUGUACCGCCGCCGCGCCGCCUUUGUCCGGCCCAAAAGGACCUACGGCUCCAUCAACCUGAGGAUGAAGCAGCUGGCGACCGGAGAGGCGGACGGAGAUGGGGUGGAGCGGGUUCUGGUGGAAAACACACAACCAGGGUCCAGCCAGGACCAGAACUCAGAACCAGAACCGAGCAGAAUGCCAGCUGCUGCUUCAGCUGCAUGUGGAGUUUAGUCAGAAUUGAUCCGGUUGGAUUCGGUUUGGUCCAGUUGGAUCCCAGCCGACAGAAGCCAAGCAAUCAGACAGCUUUGUGACGUUGGCAGACAGGAAGUGGAGCGGUAAGGCCCGGUGGACAGAACUCAUCUGGAGGUUAUUAAAGAUCAGAAUCACUGAAACAAUUCACUGCAAACUAAAAUACUCAACCAGUCUUUUAGUUUUUAGUGCAAAUACUCCAAUUUACUUGCAAUAAGACAAAACUAUCAUACUUUUUAGCUCCAUGUAGCAGUUUGUUUUCAGGAAUUAAUCUUGGAACAUUAAUUUUAAAUACAUUUUUUCUCCUCCAGCUAAUUUCUUUACUUAUGUAACUUUUUAAUCAAUAUUAAGGAA